AAGGGAGAGAAGUAAGCCUGUUCCGUUGGUGGAAGGUGUUGACCAUCUUUCUCUCUCUCUCAGACACACCAAACAACAAUCCAUUCAUUCCUUUAUUUCUAACAGGAAGUUACCGUGUCUGCACACGCACCUAUACUCACCUCUAUGUUGACGAUGUGCACACAUUACUUACUUCUCGCCUCGCACACCAUUUAACGUUAAGAAUGGAAGAAAGAUUGGCUCUUUUGAUGGUUGACACGUUCAAGUCAAUAUCGGUGAAGCAACUUUAAUGAUCUGGUGGUUUUGUUACCUGAGAAACAAAGACCUACACCAAGAACUGGCCUAUUCUUUUUUUUCCAACGAUCAUCUGUUAUCCACCAGACUUUAUUCUUUUGAGCUGACCAUCUGUGAUAAGUUAUUCAUAAAAACCUUGAAUAUUUGUGAUAAAAUACUGCAUUCAAUGUUCAACAUUCUGCAAGAGUUAAUUCAGACCUUCCUCUUCUUGCAGAAUCCUACAUUUUUAGUUUCUGUUACCUUUUAGCAGUACUUUCCCAUUUGGUUCCUUAUUGUUAUCUUGGCUUUUCUCCACUCCUGUUACUGUUUACAUUUAGUCUGUGCAUUAAUGUAUGUUAUGCCAUAAUGGUACGAUUUGCUGAUUCCACUGGAAGUCCUGCAAAGAAUCUAAAUCAGUCAGCUUACAUUCCAACCACAUAUUAUUGCAAUGUAGAAACUCCUAUACACUAUUCUCACUCCUCUCACAUAAUUGGUACUCAUAUUGAACGGUAAAGAAACACAUUUAUAUAGUAUGUACAAUAUGGAAAUUUCUCAAGCAGAGUAUCCAUUUGUAAGCAAUGUGGCCAGUGAAGUAGGUGAAAAAAUACAUGGCCACUACCCAACAAUACACCAGGAAAUAAAUGGGGGCAUGAAAAAUACCUACAGCCAGCAGCUUCUAAAUCGCAAUAUGUGCAUUUUGGAAGAGAGCAUCACUGACAGUCAGGAGUUGUACAGACAAGAAAAGGGAAUGGAUUCAGCCUUAGUAAAUGGUGAUAACGACACAUUGCCAAUUGAUGAAGGCUGCAGUGAGUGUUAUGGAAAUGCUGGUGAUGAUCAUGAGGACUGGCCAAUGGACGAAGAAUCUAUUCAACUUCGACAGACUCCUGAAGCUAUGGAUGAAGACAGUGCUGUGACUACCUCUGAAACUAACCACAUGGACCUUGAAAAUGCCAACAAUAUAAACUCUCUGUAUAGCAGCCGGUUGAAUUCAAAGGGUUUGAGUUUGAAUUUAAACUGUACUCCUUCCGAAGAACAAAAUGGUUACCCCAUAGAGAAUGGACAUGUUAUAGAUUCCACUCCCAAGCAGUUAUGCAAGUCAAAACACAAAACCAAACCACCUCCAGCUAAACACUCAUGGUUAUUACGACUGUUUGAAUCAAAACUUUUCAACAUGUCCAUUGCUAUAUCUUACCUUUAUAAUUCCAAAGAGCCUGGAGUUCAGAUAUAUAUAGGUAACCGAAUGUUCUCCUUCCAAGAUGUCGAUGUGGAUUUCUACCUGCCUCAGAUGUUGAAUAUGUACAUACACAUGCAUGAUGUAGCAGAAGCAAUUCAUCCAUACCUUGUGCAACGAUGUCGAUCCAGUGUGGAGUUUUCCAUCCGUGCUGCCUGGUUGUUAGGAGCCUAUUCUGCUGAUGUCCUCAAACCUACAUGGAAAAAUUCCCAAGGAGUCAAAUUAAAGAACAUGAUACUCAAUGAAGAACUACGCCCAUUACGCCAGAAGAGUCCAUCAACCCUACCAAGCCCUACUCAACAACAGCAUCAGACACCAUGUCCACCCACAUCUCCAAAUUCCGUCAAAAAGACUCACCAUCGUUCACGAUCAGAUGCUACAGGCCACUUUAAGUUCAAGCGACGUAGGACGAAUUCAUGUGGAGAUGAGAAUGAAACAAUGUUUCAAAGGGAAGGCAGCAGCAUCCGCCAUUCUAUGACAUUGCCAAACAUGCCUCUCCUUGCUGGUGACCUGACCUCUGGACGAGCUUUCGAAAGUGGCUGCACUUGUCACAAGAGUUCAGAGGCAUUAUUCAAUGAUUUGACUGGUCGAAAGACUGUCUGUCAUUGUGAGGCACCAAGGCUGAUGCCACAACAAGAAUUUGUGAAGGCUUUGAUGAAUAUUGCACAGAAACUACAACAGUUACCCACCAAAGAACUUCGAACUUCUCGGUUAAUAGCUGAACUUGCAAUGAUGAACUUAAAUCUACCAGCUCGUGUCUGGCUGCCCACCGCUGAGAAGGCCAAUCACCAUAUUGUACGAGUACCGAAUACUCAGGCUGUGGUGCUGAACUCUAAAGAAAAGACUCCCUACUUGAUAUAUGUUGAAGUACUCGAGUGUGAGAACCCAGUCACCAGCCAACUGCCAAGUAAGAUCUUGGAAAAUACUUUGCGUUUCACCCGUUCAGAGGAGGACUUGACCCAUUACUACAACAGAAGCAACAACUCUCCAAAGCCAGAGUUUGCCAUUUAUGGUACUUCUGACUUUGAUGAUUCUGACUGUUGGUUACAAGAUGAUGAUGAAAUCCUGCAAGCUAUGUAUUCAAAUCGGUCAAAAUCAAGUGAUACAAUUUCCCAGUUCUCUGCUGAGAGUUCUACGAGUGCUGAUAGUAAAGACCCUGUGUACAUUGCUGCAGCUGAUAUUCGCCGACGCCUAUCAGAAAACAUUGCUGCACCAAAGGGCAAAUUUGAGCGAGAUCCUGAAGACCCAUCUGCCGCUGCCCUGAAAGAACCUUGGGAAGAGAAAGUUCAACGUAUCCAGGAAACUUCUCCGUAUGGCCAUCUACCAAAUUGGCGCCUUAUGUCUGUCAUUAUAAAAUCUGGAGAUGAUUUACGACAGGAGUUGUUAGUGUAUCAAGUUCUCAAGCAACUGCAGAAUAUCUGGGAAAUCGAGCAUGUUCCUCUGUGGAUACGGCCGUACAAUAUUGUGGUGACCGCUAAUGAUAGUGGUAUGAUUGAGCCAGUGGUCAACGCUGUUUCCUUGCACCAGAUCAAGAAACACUCCAAGCAGCUGCUUAUCAACUACUUCAUCCAAGAGUUUGGCCCUAUCAACAGUGAAGAGUUUCUGACGGCCCAGAAGAACUUUGUGCAGAGUUGUGCUGGUUACUGUCUUGUCUGUUACCUCAUGCAGGUCAAAGAUAGACACAAUGGAAAUAUUCUGCUAGACUCAGAUGGUCAUAUUAUCCAUAUUGAUUUUGGAUUCAUUUUGUCGACAUCACCUGGGAAGAAUUUAGGUUUUGAGAAUUCUCCUUUUAAAUUAACCCAUGAGUUUGUUGAGGUGAUGGGUGGCCUUGGCAACGACAUGUUUGAAUACUUCAAAAUCCUGAUAUUACAAGGGUUUGUAGCCUCAAGAAAACAUAUGGACAAAAUCAUACCUCUGGUAGAAAUCAUGCAGACAGGUUCACAGCUUCCUUGCUUCAGUCGAGGAGUGAGUACAAUCCGUUCCUUGAAGGAUCGAUUCCACCUGACACUGACUGAAGAGCAGUUACAACUGUUGGUUGACAACAUGGUUGAGAGCAGCCUAAAUUCCCUCACCACCAAGCUCUAUGAUGGAUUUCAGUACCUUACUAAUGGCAUCCUUUAAACCUUCUCACCAUCUUCACACCUGCUGCAUCUGCUCUCCCCAUUACUACCACCACAAUUACUCUCUUCUAUCUCCCCAUUGUGAUCACUCCUUCCUGAUUGACAACCCCAGUUUUGGUGUUUCAUGCCCCCCCCCACUCUUACAUAUUUUUCUUUUUUUUUUAAGUUCUUUCUUCCCAUUUUUCUUUUCUUUACUUCUUCUUUCUUACCAUAUUACUGUUUUCUCUUUUUUCUUGUUACAAUCCUUACCAUUCAGAUUUCCAUCUGGCCUUCCACUACUGACCAACACCAUCCAUCACCACCAAGGAUUCCUUCAGUUUCCACAACUGCUCUUUCAGUUGUUUGCUGAUCUUUAUUUGGUAGACAUUACUCUGAACAUACAACAUCCAACUAGACUCAACUGCUUACCCAGCUCACUUGACCUGGCCUACUCUUGUUUUUAGUAUUUGUUGUAAAAUAACUCUGGUGGAGAUAUAUAUAUAUAUAUAUAUAUAUAUAUAUAUAUAUAUAUAUAUAUAUAUCCACUAUCCCAUCCUUUACACUUUGUCUUUACCACCACCUCAACUGUCACUACAACUAGGAUUACUGUAAUCACCAUCACAGUCAACUAUAACAUUGUUGUUGCUUUCCCACAAUCCUUUAUUAUACCCUCUUUCCUUCAUUUUGAAAUUUCUACCCACCCAUCUUCUAUCACCUGCCUACAAAUUGUUCCACCAAUUGCAAGUGAGACUGAAAAAGAACUUGCCAAACCCAAUUUUGAUUAGUCCAUUCCUUUUCUCUUCUCCUCUCUCUGGAAUGGUUUAUUCAAAAUUUAUGAAGCAUAUUGUGUCCCUUGUUCAGCUUCAAGUGAGCUCAAGAGCUCUGGACAAUUUGGGUGAAUGUGUAUAAGUAAAAUGGGUGACUUGCGGGGUACAUUGAUGGACAGUCUAUCUAAAGCUUACCUGACUUUGGCUAUUUUGGAGGAAUGUAUGUGUGUGCAUCUGUGAUUGAUCAAGUUCAUUGUUAGGACAAUAUUAUUGCAAUCCUGCUCAUGUUGCACUCUUUACUUCAUUUAAGAAUUGCCUGAGGUAAACUGGUUUCCUACUCAGCAGAGUUUGUCUCCUACUGGUUUUUAACCCUGCUAACUUCCAAAAGUGAAGUGAAAGUGUGUUACAAGUUCGUAUGGAUUGUGAAAAUAUUAAUUUAGUUGUGACGAUGGCCUAUAUUUUUAUGUUCUCAUGUUAAAUCUGACAGAGUUCAUCUUUGUCAUUCAUCCUUUCUGGGUUGAUAAAAUGUAGUACUGAUCAAGUGCUGGGGUCAAUAUAACUGGCUAUACCCAUUUGCUGUAUUUGAGUCUUUAUACCUAUGUUAGAAUCUGGGGCAGUGAGCUGGCAGACUCGUUAGCACGCUGGACAAAAUGCAUUUCUUCCAGCUUUAUGUUCUGAGUUCAAACUCUGCCAGGUUUAGCUUUUGUCUUUCAUCCUUUCAGGGCCGAUAAAAUAAGUACCAAUUGAGCCCUGGGCUUGAUGUAAUCGCAGGUGGAUGAUAGAGUAGCAUUCACUCCAUGCACACACACACACAGCAACACACCCUCAUGUCAAACAGAUUAAAAAUAAUAUAGAUUCAAUAAGGUUAAUAAAUUAGCUCCAUAGAUUAGUAUUAAUGUAUUUGAGUAAGUUACUUGUGUUAGAUUACACAUUAUAUACUGCGUUUGUGUCUGAAUGUGGGAGUAGAGGUAGAGGUGUUGGGUGUGUUUCAGUAUACUGGUCUUGGGUGCCUUUGGUGGAGCAGAGAAGUCAAAUGUGUUGUGGUGAUGGUGGUCAACAGUUAAAGAGAGAGGAGGGAAGCUUCAUGCAGUGAUGGUGAUGUUAAUCAAUGGUGGUACUGGUGGUAAUGAAAUGUACAAGAUGGAAGAGAGGGAGGGGGGGACAUAGUCAGGAUAUAUUUCUCUGGUAGUGGUGGGUUUGUUUUUUCCAGUAUAUUACUGGUAUGUAUUUUAUCUGAGACAUGGAGGAAUGGAGUCACAGCAUAGUAAACCAUGCCAUCCUAAUCGCAUCCCAACCAACUGGAUUUGGAACUCUGAGAAAAGAACAUGGAGGGUGGAUGUUUGUGAAAGUGCGCUCGCUCGUUUGCUGGUUGCUUACCACCUGUGUCGACACUCUUGCCUUCAACCACAACACCAGCUUUCUUAUUCUCUCUUUAAGAAAUUCUCUUUGAUACCUCCCCCCCCACACACACCAUGCACACAUACAUACUUACUUACAUGUGCACAUAUGUAUAUACGUGUGUUAUAUAUAUAUAUAUAAUAUAUAUAUAUAUAUAAUAUAUAUAUAUAUAUUUUUAUACACACACACAUACUGUAAUGGGAGCUAACCUUACUAAAGGCUUGGCUUUGAUUAUACAAUUUCAAACCUCCUGUGUGUUCCCUUGGGCAAGGCACAUAACUUUGUUUUCUUGGGUGUGCUGUGAUUGACAAACAGCAGAUCCCAUUCAGACUCCAAGGUUGAAUGCUCAGCAGCAGCAGCAGGAGCCGAGUAUCUCACUGUAAAAAGAUUAAAAAAAAACAAAAAAAGACAAUAAGCUGUAACAAAAUUUGAAGGAAGAAGAAUUAAAUUAAUAAAGAUAACUCAGCCAUUCUAACAUGGAAAAAAAAUAUAAAUGUAAAAAGCA